GCUUUACACGCUGCUGAUCCACCAAGUUUUCUCCAUCAUGGCGGCCCGUGUCCUGCAGCAGUGUGUCCGCUCGCUCGCUCGGCCUUCGCUGAGGCUGUGCUCCGGUAACCUUUCAGUCAGAGCUGCUGUUGCCCCGGUAGUUACCAUCCACCGACCUCUCUCUUUCGUGGCAGACACCCGGAGGACGCGGUGGCUUGUUCAGAGCCGGGUCUCCUUGGCAGGUGUGUUGUGCCGACAAUAUGGGGACCUGCCCCCACUCACCUUAGAAACCAUCAAAGACCGUGUUAUGUAUGUACUGAAGCUCUACGACAAGAUCAACCCAGAGAAGCUGCAGACAAGCUCCCACUUCAUGAAAGAUUUGGGUUUGGACAGCUUGGACCAGGUGGAGAUCAUAAUGGCUAUGGAAGAUGAGUUUGGUUUUGAGAUCCCAGACGCAGAGGCAGAGAAGUUGAUGACUCCAGAGGAGAUUGUACAGUACAUUGCAGACAAGAAAGAUGUUUAUGAAUAAUCUGUUCUAGUUCACCAGAGGCAGGAAAAGCAGAUGGGUGUCGAACCAUUUCCCACAUCAACCCUGUCGGCUCUCAUGUCCAAGGCUGCCGUGUCUUUUCGUUUGACUGUAUUUAAAUGAACAUGUUCUUGGGAGUUUGAAGAUUAAAAUCUGUGAAAGAAAGAUCCAUCAUAGCUUAGAUUUUAUUUUUUCUUCCAGCUCAGCCUGUGGUUCUGAUGUAUAAUUUCUCAUUAAUAAAUCAAUAAACACUUACUGUUA